AUGUAUUCCAGCGCAUUCCCGGGUCUCUGGCGCACCCAUUCCAUGGCAAAACUGCCGAAAUCAAAGCCGGACCCUCGGCAGAGGAGGCGCAGGGACCCCCCGGGGGGCUGGAGGUCCCCCCCGGACUCCAGCAGGUUUCUUGUCAUCCUGCUGAUCCCGGUGACCAGUCCCGGGCUCCGGGCGGCCGUGACCCUGCUGGAGUCCGGGGGGGACCUCCAGCCCCCCAGGGGGUCCCUGCGCCUCCUCUGCCGAGGGUCCGGGUUCGAUUUUGGGAGCUACAACAUGUUCUGGGUGCGCCAGAGCCCCGGGCAGGGGCUGGAGUGGCUCGCAGGGAUCAGCAACACUGGUGGCAGCACCCUCUACGCGCCAUCGUUCAAGGGCCGGGUCACGAUCUCCAGGGACAACGGGCAGAGCUCGGUGACGCUGACCAUGAACAACCUCAAGGACGAGGAUUCCGGAUCCUAUUUCUGCGCCAGAUCUGUCUAUGCUGCUGAUUGGGCUCCAUCUGCUUCCAGUGAAGAUGCCAGCAGCGGGCUCCGGGCGGCCGUGACCCUGCUGGAGUCCGGGGGGGACCUCCAGCCCCCCGGGGGGUCCCUGCGCCUCCUCUGCCGAGGGUCUGGGUUCACUUUUGGGAAUUUUGACAUGUACUGGAUCCGCCAGAGGCCCGGACUGGCGCUGGAAUACAUCGCAGGGAUCAGCAGCGGUGGUGGCAGCACCUACUACGCGCCCUCGGUGCAGGGCCGGUUCAGGAUCUCCAGGGACAACGGGCAGAGCUCGGUGACGCUGACCAUGAACAACCUCAAGGACGAGGAUUACGGAUCCUAUUUCUGUGCCAAGGGUGCUAGUAGUGCUUGGGCUGAAAGUGCUGGAUUUGUUGACGUGACCCAUGGUGUCCCCAUCCCCAAUCUCCGAGUCCCCCCCGUCCCCAGAGCCCAGAACCUUCCCCCAGACCCCAGCCCCAGCCCCAGCUCUUGA